AUGGAAGAGUCAUCUCUUUUACUUACUAUAAAUAGUGUCGUAGCUGAAUUUAAUGAGGUUGAAAUUGAGAUUAACACGGAAACUAGAAUAUCUAGUCCAGAAACACAAGAAAAGGCUGAAGAAAAGGAGGAAGAGAUAUUCCAAAUAAAGAAAAGGAAAAAAGUUUCAGAAGUUUGGAAUGAUUUCGAUACAGUUGGUAAAUCAGGAUCCACAUCAAGUCUUUUGAGGCAUAGAUUAAGUUGUGUGAGGAGAAAACUUAAUUUGCGAGUUGCUGAACAACAAACAAAGUUGAAUUUUUUGCCAUCCGAUUCAGCUUCACCAUCCAUUUAUGUUUUGCAUUAUGGAAAAUUUGAUAUGGAACAAAUGCGAGAAGCAGCUGCUCAUUGGAUUAUGAUGAAUGGUCAUCCAUUCACCAUUCUUGAAGAAGAGGGGUUUAAUUUAAUGAUGAAGCGUGGAAUGCCAGAAUUGAAAAAGAUUAGUCAAAUGACUUGUAGAGAAGAUUGCAUGAAAAUUUAUGAGAUGAAGAAAAAAAGAUUGAAGAAACGUCUUGUGUGUGUAAAUAAAAGAGUUUUAAGUUUUAUUAACAUUCUACCACCAAGGGGAGGUCUUCAAAUUUCUGAUGCCAUUUUCAAGUGUAUGAAAGAGUGGGGUAUAGAAAACAAGGUUUUCACUAUUACGGUUGAUAAUGCUUCCAACAAUGAUUCGGAUAUUCGAUAUAUGAAAGAUACCAUUCAAAGAUUGAAGGAGAUUGAAGAUAUUAUAAGUAAUAUAAGGGAAAGUGUAGUAUAUGCAAAUCGUUCUGAGGCAAGACGUGUGCAAUUUGCAGACUAUGUACAACAAUUACAGUUGAAGGACAAAAAAUUGAUUCGUGAUUGCAAAACCAGGUGGAACUUGAUUUUUGAGAUGUUAAGUUGUGCACUAAAGUUCAAAGAAGUGUUUAAGAUGUUUAAAGAACGUGAUCCAUUUUAUAGUUGUUGUCCUCAUGAUGAAGAAUGGAAUAAAGCUCAAAAGAUUUGCUCAUUGUUAGAGGCUUUUUGGACGGCCACUCACAUUAUUUCAGGUAGUGAGUAUCAUACUUCAAAUUUAUUUCUACAAGAAGUUCAAAAAAUAAAGUCAGCAUUGGAUACAUAUGCACAACAUGACGAUUUAUUUCUAAAGGAGCUGGCUAGUAAAAUGAAAAACAAAUUUGAUACUUAUUGGGGUGACUGUAAUCUGUUGAUGGCAAUAGCUGCCGUGUUCAAUCCAACCAAGAAAAUGCUUGCAGUUGAAUUUUGUUUUCCUAAGCUUUAUUCUGAAUUAGAUGCCUCUAAGCAUAUCUUAAAAGUUAAAGAGAGAGAUCAAAGUUCUAUGUAUAAUUGGGAUGAUUUUGAAGACUAUUGUGCAAAAGUAGAAACUUCGGAGAGUAAGAAAUCUGAAUUGAUAGAUUAUCUUGAAAAUGUCGUCUAA